GUCCCUGUCCCGCACCCAAACGCCUCCUCUGCCGCUACGCAACUGGAAGGCAGCAACGACUCCCCCACUCGCCGGCCACCAGUAGUUCCCCAUCCACACCGCACCCCACCGCACGCCACCGUCCGGGACCAAACUCUGAUCCUCACCAUGCCUGCGGACGCUUCAGCAACGGCGCCGGCGCCGGCGGUCCACUUCUGGGGCGACCAUCCGGCCACGGAGGCGGAGUACUACGCGGCGCACGGCGCGGAGGGCGAGUCGUCCUACUUCACCACGCCCGACGAGGGCGCCCGGCGGCUCUUCACGCGGGCAUGGCGGCCCCUCGCGCCCGCGCGCCCCAAGGCGCUCGUCUUCAUGGUCCACGGCUACGGCAACGACGUCAGCUGGACGUUCCAGUCCACGGCGGUCUUCCUCGCGCGGUCCGGGUUCGCCUGCUUCGCCGCCGACCUCCCGGGCCACGGCCGCUCCCACGGCCUCCGCGCCUUCGUGCCCGACCUCGACGCCGCCGUCGCCGACCUCCUCGCCUUCUUCCGCGCCGUCAGGGCGCGGGAGGAGCACGCGGGCCUGCCCUGCUUCCUCUUCGGGGAGUCCAUGGGCGGCGCCAUCUGCCUGCUCAUCCACCUCCGCACGCGGCCCGACGAGUGGGCGGGGGCCGUCCUCGUCGCGCCCAUGUGCAGGAUCUCCGACCGGAUCCGCCCGCCGUGGCCGCUGCCGGAGAUCCUCACCUUCGUCGCGCGGUUCGCGCCCACGGCCGCCAUCGUGCCCACCGCCGACCUCAUCGAGAAGUCCGUCAAGGUGCCCGCCAAGCGCGUCAUUGCGGCGCGCAACCCCGUGCGCUACAACGGCCGCCCCAGGCUCGGCACCGUCAUCGAGCUGCUGCGCGCCACCGACGAGCUGGCCAAGCGCCUCGGCGAGGUCACCGUCCCGUUCCUCGUCGUGCACGGCAGCGCCGACGAGGUCACCGACCCGGAAGUCAGCCGCGCCCUGUACGAGGCCGCCGCCAGCAAGGACAAGACCAUCAAGAUAUACGACGGGAUGCUCCACUCCUUGCUCUUCGGGGAACCGGACGAGAACAUCGAGCGCGUCCGUGGCGACAUCCUCGCCUGGUUCAACGAGAGAUGCAUGCCGCCGGCGACUUCCUGGCACCGUGACAUAACUGUUGAAUAGGCAUUCCACUCUGUUCAGAUUGCAAAGUGAUCGACAUACCAGAAAAAACGGUUUCAUGUACAAUGAUUCUUAUAUAUACUCUAUUUGAUUAUGAACUGGCUUGGUCAGGUUCA